AAUGUUGACAUCUGACAGCGACGCAGGCUGGGGAAUUUUGACAUCGAGAAAAGAGUAAACGCAAUACAAUACAUAGUGAUGUCGAUAUAGAAUUAUAAUACAAUAAUGAGCAAGAAUAGCAGAUGAAUGAAAGUUUGUACGACUGGUUACACUUAUUUUUCCUGUAGUAUCGGUUGUUGGUCGCUUGUUUUCAACUGUCUCCUACUUUGAUAGCUGACUGGCAUGGCGUGUAACCUGGUCUCGAAGUUAUUUCGUCCCACUGUGCUCAUGCAGCUUGCGUCUCUCCGCUCAGGCUGCGGGUCUCGCGGGGCGGCGGCAGCCGCGGGGAUUAGAAAUUUCUCCAGUGAUCCUCCACCGGACAAAAUCAGCCGAUAUCCGGUUCCAUACAGAAAAGACCUUCCUUAUGAUAUAGUGGAGCUUAUGGAAGAAGUUGAGUCGAAAGGAGGUUUUUUGCCCAAUGUCUUUCAAGUCUUAUCUCACAGACCGGGAGAGUUCAGAGCCUUCUUCGCAUACUACAAUGAACUGAUGAACAAAGAGACAGGCAGAUUAACUAAGGCAGAUAGAGAGCUGAUUGUAGUGGCUACCAGCAUCCACAACAAGUGUCUUUACUGUGUGGUAUCCCACAGUGCACUGCACCGUAUCUACUCAAAGAGACCUACCCUUGCUGAUCAGGUUGUUGUAAACUAUGAGAAUGCAGAUCUGUCUCCUCGAGAGCGUGCCAUGCUGGACUUUGCGAUGGCUGUGUGCCGCUGUGACACCAUCACUGAACAACAUUUCCAGGCUUUGGAGGAAGUGGGCUUUGACCGCGAGGAUGCCUGGGACAUCGCAGCCAUUGCUGCUUUCUUUGCCUUGUCUAACCGGAUGGCACACCUUACUGACAUGAGGCCGAACGUAGAAUUUUAUAACAUGGGCAGAAUGCCACGGGACAAGAACAAAGAUGGAGGGCAAGUGAAAAAGGAGUAAUUUAAUGGAAAAGAUUAUCACCGUAUAGUUGAUUUCACACAUACAUAGUGUGCAAAGGGUGGGGAAAAGGUUGCUUAUGUCUUUUUUUUUUUUGUUGCUGUCUCAUGAGAUAAACAAUCUUAUUGUUUUUGAUAUAAGUUACACUGGAUGUAAUUUCAGGUUCUCAGGUAUGAGGCUGCAAAUAAGUAACCCUAUUGCAUCUUGUCAUUAAAACUGAAGAUGGUUGCAGGAGUUCAAGUUCAUGAUUCUUUUCUAUAAGAUAUUCUUUCCACUUCAAGCAAUCCAGUUGUCACUUAGACUAUCGAAUGCACAUUUUUGUAAAUUUCCUUAACAAUAUUUUGUGUUUAUCUAGAUGGAGGAGACACAAAGGAGAGUUUGAUUUUGUAAGCUGAGCACCUUUCUUUUUGCUUUUUGUUGGGGCAAAUAUAGUUUUAUUGUUCACUAUAUAAAUCUAUGCAAAUCA